GCAGGCGCAAUCGGUAGCGAGGGGCGGCGGGCAAUAUCUCCCCCCCAGGCGGGCGUCCACCUCCGAGCGCGGCGUGCGGAUACGGGGCCGGGGGCGCUGACCAAAGAUGUCCUCGGAUGCUGGCUGGCCCGGUGUCCUUCGCCCUCCUCCUCCUCCCGGAGUGGCGCAGUGAGGCGCGGGCACGGCGCCCCAGCCAGCGGCCGCAGGAGGAGGAAAGCGCAGAGAAAAGGAAAGGGAAGGACGGAAGCGGCGCGGGCCGCUGCUCCGGUGCCCUCUGGCUGAGCAGGAGCGAGGCGGGAGGCGAGGUGAGGGUCCUUGCCCGCUGGCUUUUUUUUUUUUCCAAAGGCGGGGUCUCUCUUUGCAAACCAAUGACACAACCCCACAUGGUCCGGUCUCGCCCCUACAGAUACUUCUCACUACAAAUCGGCUCUCUCCAGGGAUUAGCGGCUACGCGAAAGUGCACACUGGCGCAGCGGGCAGCCAAGGGGGCCGGGCAAGGCAGACACUCCCCGGCCCAACCCCACGCCACCCUAGAGGCUCUGGGGAGGCGCGGGGGUCCCGAAGCCGGUGCGGUGACUCCACCCGCCCUCGCUUUCCUUCCUCCUCCGCCCCUUCCACGUGGGGCCCGCCACGUGGGGAGACGCGAGCUCCGGCGGGCCUCGCCGCGGUCCCUAGGGUGGCCCCGGCUCGGUAGGGCCCCCACCACGCCCGCGCAGCCGACCUGCCCUCUACUCGGCCCCGAGGCUCCAACUUCCUCUUGGGCCCUGCGCAGGCCACCGGUGCCGUCCCAGGCCCGCGAGGUCAGGCGCGGGCCGGCCACAGGGGGCACUUGCGUUCCCCGAUCCCAGAUCAGGGAGACCAUGCCGGCUGUGGGUGCGCGCGGAGACCGAUCUGUGUACUGGAACUUAUCGCGGUGUGUUCGCUACGAGAAGCCAAAUGUUUUUACACAUUUAAAAAUUUUGUCUUUCUGCUGUCUGGAUGUCGCUGGGGCUGUUUUGAAAGCCUUGCCUUGGGUCGGAUCCCCAGCCUCUCUGAGGCCUUGGGGUCCCGAGGGUCGUUUUGCGCGGUGCCCUUUCACGAGUCCACAAGUGUCUCGGUGUUCUGCGAUUGGAAUCUGGACUCCCAACGAGGAUGGGGCACUGCGGCCGCGAGAACCUAGACAACAUCUGGGCUGGAUUCCUUGGCCAUGACCCGCGACACCCGAGCGCUAUCCCCGGAAGGGAGCCAGCUCCUUGCGCCCAGGGCCUCCCAAGACUUUUGGCGCGCGGCUUCUAAGGAGCCCUGUGGCGCUGAGCAGAGCCCUUGGGUGCAAUUGUUUUUCAAUCUUUUGGGGUGCUAGCGAUUGAAUUGAGGUGUUGGGUUGUACGUUCGAGAGGAGGGGGUCUAAUGUCACAACUUUGAAGGUCACAGGGACCGCCAUUCAGAAAACCACUUCUAGCGGUGUGGCCUACGGACCGGAGAAAUUUAUAGCGGACGUGGGCCGCGUGAGGCCUCUGAGUCCUUGAACCCAGCGCUGUGCGUCCUGGAGAGCACUUUAUCUCGACCUGUUUGCUAAAGUGCACACCCAGAUGCCGCCCGCAAGACCGGCAUUGUAGGGUUUCUAUGAUUGUUUUAUAGUCCUACUGGUUUUUAAACUAGUUUACAAACCUUUUCUGAAUGGCAGUGCAGGAAAGGUCCCUUUCAAACAUACCUGUCUUGGUUUUAUGUGCCCCUAAUAGGCCUGGGGCUGGUCAGUCACGAAGUAACUCACCAUCCCGAUGUUCGGUGAGAGAAUUCACAGGUGUGCACCCACCCCUCACCCCUCCGUCUUCCAGGGCUUUGUGUUCUCAGGGAUUCCUCUAAAGAGUUCACUGCUAUCUCCAGCAGCUUCACUUCAAGGUUGUGGGGCCCAAGACCUGCUUGUAAACUGACCUUGCGGCAUACCCCAGGCUUCUGUGCCACCAGUUCCUGCCUUGUGAGUUGCUUGGUCCUAUGGUCGUGAAAGCUCCUGCUUCUUUGUUUCUCAGAUCUUUGCCCUCGGUGGUCUUUUAUUCUUCCCGAGAAACCGUGGCCCGCUGGCUUUUCCUAUUGCUUGCUCAGCUUUCCUCCAGUCUAAUUUUGAAUUCCAUUUUAAUACUAUGGUG